UUCAGAGUUGAAUAUUAUGUUAUUCCUGAUUUCCAUUUAUUCUACUAAAUCAAAAUAAUGUAUGCUUUUCAUUAAUGAGUAAACUAAAAAUAUACAUUAAAUUUAAUUUUAUGGCAUUUAUAUUAAUAAUAACCAUAUUUAAUAAAUUAGUUAUGAUGAUUCGUGGUAAAGGUGAUAAAGAUAUUGUGUAUGGUACAUGUAAGAGUCAUAUAAACAGAUCAGAAAAUGAUUUAUACAAAAUAUGUCCAUCGAAAUUAAGUAAACAGGAGUUAGAGGACUUAUACUUUGCAUUAUUUGAAAGCAAUAUACAAUUGAAAAAAACCUUAAAUGGACAGAAGGAUGAAAUCAAAGUCCUAACAACAAAAGUGCAAAGAUUGACCGCAACAGGAAACCGUAACCAGGCUUGCUGUGCUAAAAGUUCAGCAGUAAUAAAUGAACAAAAAGAAUUAAUAUCUGACUUAAAUAAGUCUAAUGGGCAACUCUCAGAGAGAAUUCGUCUGCUCAACAUGAGACUUUGUUCUGCAAAGCAGUUUUUAAGACGCGGCACGUCUCAAUCUACUUCACGCUGCUCAAAAUGCUGCCUUGCUUUCAAUACAUCAAUUAAGAACUCAUCCAUGAGUGCACUUUAUACCAAGAGGAGUGUAGCCAAUGUUGGGAUUGAAGCCACGUCGUGUGACUUUUUAGACAAAGAGAACAUUCCGGUGAAGUUAAUAGAAAUUGCUUCCAAUCAAAAUGAAAUUAAGUCAGCCCGAGAAGAGAACUGUCACCAGAACAAGUGUCGAACUACGAUAGACGAGUUGAAAGAAAAGAUUUCUAUUCUGGAAGAGGAGUUAAUCAAAACACACGAUCAGUACUCGGAGAGAUUGAACAAAUCAAUCGAGGAGGUGGCCGCUCUGAAGAACGAGAACACGCGAGCGAGAUCUGAGGCAGCCGCCGCCGAGCAGCACCUGCAAGCGCAGCACCGACAUCUGCUGGAACUGCUGCGGGCGCAGGAGCUGCGAGCUGAUGACUUAGAAGCUCAGUUGAUGGUUGAAAGGGGCAAAGUCUCCGAGUUGGAGAUGCGACUGAAGUCGGCAGAUUUAUCGAGACACGUCGCUAAGACGUUGGAGAAACAAUAUACAAGUUCAAUCGCCCUGGUACCCAACAGUUGUCCAUCAACGACGUUUAAAGCAAGUUCAGAUAAAGCGAACGAUGACUCUGGUUACGCGGAGACGAGCCAAGAUAAAAGUCGAGGGAAUGCUGAUAAGGGCUUCCCUACUGUACCAAACAACGAUCAAGUUAUCUUAGACCAAAUAGUCAGCCUCCAAGCGGAGUUGGCCAGCUUGAAACACUCUCUCAAAUAUCAGAAGGAAGCUUUAAAACAGGAACAUACAUCGAAUUCCGAUAACGUCUUGAAACAGAAAUCAAUUCAUGGGACGAGUUCGGAAUUAGACAACGGACACUUUGCUUCUCGUAUCGGAGGUAUUGAAAACGUCAACGCCCAUCUCUCUGUAUUAAGAGAAGGAGACGAAGGUGCAAAUGUUGACUUAUAUAAAGAACGCCACAGAGAAAUAGAUGAAUAUAAUUCAAAAGAUCUAAUACAAGAUUCAACUGGCAAUGUUUCUAGAAUACCACGUUUGAAAAAUUAUAUCAGAGACGCUAUAACGGAGCUAAUCAAUAAUGAAUCUCAUAGAAAUAGUACUAUACAUAGUAACAAUAUUGAUAAUGAAACAACAGAAACGUUACCGACGAGUGAUUAUUCAAAUGAAAAUAAAAUCGGUCUCAGCGAUGGAAGUAAAUCAAAUAAAAACGGAAAUGACGAUGAAAUUCACAACGAAGUUAAUAAUAGACGGUCUAGUAGUACUAUUUGCAAUUCAGAACUAAAGCGAAAUAGCGAUGAUGUUACUAGAACAAUAUCUAAUAAACAAUUAUCAGCAGAUUCUAGUAAACACAAAACUGUCUCACAAACACGAUUAAGCGAAUCUAACGCGACAAAUAUUGAGAAGAAUGUCGAUUCGAGAGACAGUAGUAAUCAUCAAAAUGAAGGUGUCAAUGAACCUUAUGUCGAUAAGAUUAAAGUUGAAUCUCCAAAAUCAAGAGAAGAUCUAAAAGCACACACUGAUCAUAAUGUUGAUAGAAUAGACAGCAAUGAAAUAGAAAGGUAUGCGAGCGAUAAGAGGAGAACGUCAUACGUUAUUGAAACGAAAUCAGUCAAAGAGAAAUUAACUAAAGUGUCGAGUGAUGAUCAUCUGGGAUCGAAAACUUACUCACUCGGACCUAAAAAACCGGCUCCCCUAGCAACCUCGAGUCCACAAGACAGGACCUACCGUCGAGGUUCCGCUGGAGUGCUGCGAGCCUCGUCUCCCGACAGCACUGAGGGCGAGAUAUCUUCUCUCACAGACCUCCCCGAUGAAACCGAUGAUAAAAGUCCUUUCGAUUACAUGUCGCCCGGAGAACGGGGCGGCAGCACGAGUCGUCUUUCGACGAGUCUUUUAUCCGACACUUCGCUGAGUGAGGGGGAGCUGUGCCCAGCUUCAAAUUCGUCGUGUAACGAUAUUAACGAGAAAUUUGAUAUUACUUGUCGUGAUUCUUCCAUGCAGGAAGCUCUCCGCGCCGCCGGGGCGGAGGUGAGUCGCUGCAGACGUCUGCUGCGGUCACACACGCGCGCGCCGACGGACGUCGACUCUGUGUCCGGUUACCCUUAUAACUACACCUUGCCUUUAAUUUAAAAAAAAAAACAAUAAUGAUAUUAGAUUUAUAUAAAAUAAUUAAGGGUUAAUGUGACAAGUUUUUAAUUUUAUUUGAUGUUUGUAUGCUUAAAGAAUUUAAAUAUGAUUUAUGUUUGUAUUCGUAAGAAUAAAAAUGCACACCGCUCUUCCCAUACUCUUAAUAUGACGUUAGUAUUACUGCGUAUAUAAUAAAUUUUCUUAUUGUUUAUUUACAAUAAGGAAAUGUAUAGUGUACAUGUUUUCAAUCGCCCAAUCGCGACACGUCGGAAUAUCGUCAGAAAGACGCGUGUAUUAGAAUGUCACUGACUUGUCUGAUCUAAUCUAUUUAAUGAACGACAUGUAUAUAAGAUGUAUAUAUAUGUAUACAAGCUAUUUAGCUUACUUAAUAUAAGAUAUAUAGCAUAUUACUUAAAAUAGGCAUUGUUAGUAAUCUUUUAAAAAAAUAUAUUUUUAUCUUUAUAUAUGUACUAGCUGAGUCGCGGACGCUUUGCCUGGUUUUUCUUUAUGUAUUAAGUAUAUAUGUAAUUAUAUCAUUUUUUGUUAAUUUUGCCACUGAAUUUAUAUUGUAAUUGAUAAUCUAAUAACAAAUCUCGUAAUCGUAACAGCUCGUGAAUGUCCCACUGCUGGGCUAAGGCCUCCUCUCCCUUUUUUGAGGAGAAGGUUUGGAGCUUAUUCCACCACGCUGCUCCAAUGCGGGUUGGUGAAAUACACAUGUGACAGAAUUUCAGUGAAAUUAGACACGUGUUCCUCACGAUGUUUUCCUUCACCGUAAAGCACGAGAAGAAUCAUGAACAGAAAUUAAGCACAUGAAAAUUCAGAGGUGCUUGCCCGGGUUUGAACCCAUUAUCAUCGGUUAAGAUUCACGCGUUCUAACCACUGGGCCAUCUCGGCUUAAUAACAAAUCUACUUUUAUAUAUUAGUCAUAUUCUGUAAAAAUCACUUUGUAUCUCACUCGUGAAAUGUUGAAACCCACUUACGGUGACACGCUAUUUUGAACCUUAUAUCCUAUUAAUGUUAGGACUAUACCAGUCAAUCUCAUUUUUUUUUAGUUAAUUAGAUUUAAUUUUUUGCAUGUGCAUUGAUUUUUUUAAAAUGAAAAUGUAUUUCUGAAUAUGUUACGUUUAUAAGGAAUGCCUUCAUUUUUGAUAAAAUAAAAUAAAAAUAAAAUAUAUAGCAAAUAAUGUUCUGUCAUAUCGCGUCGUAUUCUGCAGUGAGUUUCGUAUUUGUUCUUACAGAAUAGCUCUGAAGUUUCAAGUGUAGUAUUCGGUGCUUUAUUUCGAAUUUAUCGUCCAAGUUAUAUUUAUUUAUUUAUAAUAUUCAGAAUCACGUUUUGCUUAAUAAAGUCCCCUAUUGUGUAUGUAUUUUAUGGUUAAAUCUUUGCAGUACAAGUCCAAUGGUUGUGUUAAGUUUUCCAGUAUUUAAAUAUUUUAUUUAAGAAUGCAAUAUUAUUGUAUUAAUCUAACGAUAACUCAAUACAAAUUUUGUUGUUAUGUAUUUAUACUGUCAUCUACAUUAUCUGUGGUUACUGUCUUA